AUCCAUCCGUGGAGUUUCAGUGAAGUAGACCUUUCAGUGUCCUCAAGAAAAGAGAUCCGCUCCUUCUUGAAAAAGUCAAAAUAGGUGGAUAUUUAUCGAAAAAGCUGUAUUUUUCUGGACUAUAUUUUGCCUCACAAAGGGUGUUGUGAACCAAUCGUGCCUUUGAGAAAUUAUAAAAGUGACGUUCACACUCCGUUUUUAUUGUGUUCCCAAUAAUCGGACAACCAUGCUGAAGCUAUUCAUCGUACUCAUUUUGUCCGCCGCUGUUCUUUCAGAGUCGCAGGUGAGGGAGACGGAGACGUGGAUGCCCAUGAAGACAACACAGAAGGCAUCCCUGUCCUCACAUGAAGACCUGGAAGCAUCAGGAGACUCCCAGAACGGAUCAGACUUUGGCUUUUCAGACGAUGAGGAUGAUGAUGUGUUCGACCCGUAUGAUGAAGAGUUCUCUGGCUCAGGAGAUGGAGAAAUGGUUUCACCCAAACCAGAGAGCAGGCCAUCAGAUAAGCCGUUUGUGAAUGACAACAAAAUCCCAGAUUUGGAGCUUCCGGUGCAACCCACUGUGGACGAGGAAGAAAUUAUCAGAAAAAGCAAUGAAAUCCCAGUGCACAGACGCAAGCCAGAUACCAGUGAGGAGCACCCAUCCAAUGUCCUCAUGUCCCAUGCCACUGAAGACAGCAUCUUCAACAAAACAGAGGUUCUUGCCGCUUUGAUUGCAGGUGGUGCUGUGGGUCUCAUGUUUGCAGUUUUGCUCAUCCUCCUGCUUAUCUACCGCAUGAAGAAGAAAGACGAGGGCAGCUAUGUGGUGGGUGGAGCGAAGCCCAUCUACAAGAAGGCUCCUACCACAGAGAUCUACGCAUAAACUCUGGCCUCCUCAAAAACACACCCUGACCCUUUAAAAAAAACCCAAUCAUGGCCAGUGUUGUGUCCAACAGUGCCUCAUCUUUGUCAUAACCAUACCUCUUCCUCCUCACCUCUUAGCUGACCGCACGUAGCCUAGUCGGCCAUGCUGUGCUCAGUAACCAAUCAGGAGGGAAGCCCCAUCAUCACAAUCAAUUGACUGACUCCUACCUGAACGUCAUGUACUGGUGCUCGUUUGUCCAAUCACAAGCUUUGACGGUCCUUGUGUCCCUCUCUUUUUGCUCUUGGAAAAGAAGUGGGGACUUUUCAGCUGCCUUUUCAGUGCGGUACAAAGCAAUGUUUGUUUUUUUCUCUUGUAAUUUUUCUUCCCGGUCACAGAGGACUAAAAAAAAAAACUAAAAAAAACUUUUAAUCGCCUCCUGUUUCUGUUUGGUUCCAGUUAAAACACUAAACACUGUGCAAUGUUUUGUCUCAGUAUGGUACUCAUUCAGUCCAGUUAUUUAUUUUCCCUGUAUUGCUGUAUCAACCCCCUUCCUCCUCAUGUCUUCCUCAAUCUGUCUCUUGGACUCUGAUUCAGUACUGCGACUUCAAACUUUGCUGUAGCAUGUGAAUUUAAGUUAAUUUUGUUUUUUGUCUUUUUUUAAAUAACUCCUUGUAAAGCAGAGAGAUUUCAUAUUUUAGAUUUUGUAUUAAAGAUUUCUCAUGAUGGGAAAGAUCA